AUGUAACUACUUUCAUUUCUAAAAGAGCUGAGAAAUCGUGUGGCGGAGAUGGAGGCCAAGAAUGCUGAAUAUUAGGAUCAAAUUGAAGGGCUGAAAUAAAUAAUUGAAGAAAAAGAUGCCAAAAUCAAACAAUUAGAAGACACAUUAGCUAAUUUACAAAAUAAGCCCAUCAAAAAAACCAUUUCAAAGAAGAAAGAUAAGAAGUCCACUAAAAAGUGA